GCCCUGCUGUAUGCUCUGCCAUCAUAGUACACUGUAGGCGUGUUUAGUAUACUGCUCUUCCCUACUACGGUUUCGGACAAACUACAUACUAAUUUGGUCUACUACAAUCCAUACUACUUGACGCAGCCCAGGAGCAGGAGGAGCAGUAGCGGAGCGGAAUGGAGGAGGACAAGCAGAACCCGGAGCACCGGAGCAACAAGGUCCCCAGAAGACAAGCAGCAGGCUCGUCCUCUGAUAGCAGCGAUGUUGAGGAACAGAGAGGAAGAGAGGAACUUAUACGUCACCACCGUGACAAAUCCUUCACAACAUCUGGAUCUUCAAAAAUUCAUCAAAGAGUUCAAACUGGAGAGAAACCAUACAGCUGUGACCACUGUGAGAAAACAUUUUUGCGCUGCAGUGCCCUCAAAGCCCAUCAACGCAUUCACAUUGAAGGGGAACUGUCCAGUUUUUUCCAAAGUGGGAAGGAUUUCACAGAGUCAGGGAGCUCAAAAAAACAAGACAUUGACACAGCAGAGAAACUGUUUAGCUGUGAUCAAUGUGAGAAAGCUUUCACCACUCUACGUAGCUUAAAAAGUCACCACUGUGUUCACACUGCAGAGAAGUCGCACUGCUGUGACCAAUGUGGGAAAACUUUUUCACAACGAACGUCCCUUGAAACUCACCAAAGAAUUCACACAGGAGAGAAACCGUACAGCUGUGAUCAAUGUGGCAAAGCUUUCACACAGUUAAGUAACUUGACAACCCAUCAAUGCAGUCACACAGGAGAGAAACGCAACAGGUGUGGUCUAUGUGGCAAAGCCUUUGCAAAGUCACGGGACUUAAAAAUCCACCAACGUAUUCAUACAGGAGAGAAACCCUACAGCUGUGAUCAAUGUGGCAAAGCCUUUGCACAGUCAGGGGCCUUAAAAAACCACCAACGUAUUCACACAGGAGAGAAACCCUACAGCUGUGAUCAAUGUGGCAAAGCCUUUACACAGUCAGGGGCCUUAAAAAACCACCAACGUAUUCACACAGGAGAGAAACCGUACUGGUGUGAUCAAUGUGGAAGAUUAUUUGCCCGGUGCAGUACUUUGAGAACCCACCAAUGCCGGCAUGCAGGAGAGAACCCGUACAGCUGUGACUAGUGUGAGAAAGCUUUUAUUGAACGGUAUGACCUAGAAAUCCACCAUGUUCACACCAGAGAGAACCCGUCCUGAUGUGACCAAUGUCGGUAGUGACAUUAAAGCCCACAAAUGUGUUUACCCUGCAUUGUUUUGGACAUUUUCAGGGCCAGGCAAACAUCUUCCUACUGCUUCCUCCCCAUGCCCUGAUAGCUGUGUUGAUGUCUUACUUUUGUCUUUGAUUAUUUUUAUCUGUUUUUUAUUUCAACUGUAACCCUAUGUUGGACCACCAGAUUCCUCCCUGUAGGGCUCCCGUGUGUGAGAGCUGAACACAAACUUUUCACAAUCACUCAUGCAACUGUCCGGGGCAAUGUUGCAGCUCACAAUGCACCCGACCCUGAAGCGUAUCUCUGCGACUGGUGAGCCCACAGGAUGGUGACUCCAUGUUGAUCUUUGGGACUGUGCCCCACCGAGCCCCAUGAGUCAAGUCCAUGUAGAUAUAUAUAGGCUGAUUGACCAAAUAAGCAUUUGAAAGCUGAUAUUGAUGCCUCUUACCAUGGCUGUGAUCAAAGUAUUUGCAUCAGCCUGAGACCUCUGUCACAGACAGGCUCUGCAGUCUCAGACGCUGACUCAACAUGCUGAAUGAAAUGUUUAGUGACUUGACUGAUUUUUGGUCCCGUGUGCAGCUUCCCUCUCUAGCCUGCCUCCAGAAGGGGGCUCUGUUUGUGUUGUCAUGGCGAGGUGCUCCAGGUCUGAUCCAUCAGGGUCUGUUGACUCACUGUUAGUCUGGCCCCUCCCCUUGGACCACUUUGCCUCUCAAGACCCGACCAGGAGCAACGGCUGGGACACCACAGCUCCCAGUAUGACAGGGACAUGAAAACCCCUCCACAAUGUUCAGGUUUCCAGCUCAGACUGUUUGCUCCUGUUGAUGACAUCAGGACACCAAAGUCUUCUGAGCUCUGAGCAUCAUCAACAACUUAAAUACCAGAUUAAUAUGAUGUAUGUUAUCAUGUGUAACAUAUUUGAUGUCUUAUCCAGUGUCUUGCAUGUGUCCUGUGUUUGUCCACAUGUAGAAGACAGCUGAGUUUUUCUUCCUGAGCUCCACCUGUAUAAAGACGGAGGCUGAGCAGGGCGGAGCUCUUCUUCUUUUUGACUCAUGUUGGAGGUACAGAGACAGAAGUUGAGUUGAAGCCUGUUUGUUUCUGUGUGGAGGAUUGUAAUGUCCAUAUCAUCAGAUGAGUUCAGCCUUUAAUAAAAAUAGUUUGUAGACUCUGCAGUGGGAUUAAA